CUUGUUUGCAGCAACAAAAACAGACGAUAUGUGAUCGAAGUCACCAAAAGAGAACUUAAAAAUUAAAAUAUGUUUAGUUUUAAGUGAAACUUCAUAUAAAUCGGAUGUGGUCCUUAAUGACUUUAACAAAAAUUAACAGAUCUUUUGUUUAAGUGUCGUGUAACAGUGUUUUAUAGUCAUUUAAUUUUUGGGAUAAGAUUUUUCCAAGAAGAAAAAAUUAAUAAAAAGUUCAUUGAACAUUCAAAAGCAAGCAAGUAAAUAGAAUAACAGUUGAUUUUUAAAAGCAGUACAUAUCAUAAGAACCCAAUAAGAUGACAGAAUCGCAUAAUGGACAUUCAACACUUCCAAAAAAUCCCAUCAAGCACAUUUGUUGCAUUGGUGCAGGCUACGUCGGUGGACCAACAUGUAGUGUGAUGGCAUUAAUGUGUCCGGAUAUAAAAGUCACUGUGGUUGAUCAAAAUUUAGAACGCAUCAAUCAAUGGAAUUCCGAUAAACUACCAAUUUAUGAGCCGGGUCUAGACGAAGUCGUUAAGAAAUGUCGCGGAAGGAAUCUCUUUUUUUCAACAGACAUGGAGAGUGCAAUUCAUGAAGCUGAGCUAAUAUUUAUUUCGGUUAAUACACCGACUAAAACAAGUGGAAAUGGUAAAGGUCGUGCUGCAGACUUGAAGCAUGUAGAAGGAUGUGCACGAUUGAUAGCAAAAAUUGCUAAAGAUAGUAAAAUCGUGGUUGAAAAAAGCACCGUUCCAGUAAGAGCUGCUGAAAGUCUUAUGCAUGUGUUGAAGGCUAAUAAUAAGCCUGGAGUUCGUUAUUCCAUUUUAUCAAACCCUGAAUUUUUGGCUGAAGGCACGGCAAUUGAAAACCUUAUGAAGCCUGAUCGAGUUUUAAUUGGCGGAGAAGAAACCGAAGAAGGAAAACGUGCAAUUGAAUCUCUUUGCUGGGUUUAUGAGCAUUGGGUUGAAAAGGAUAAAAUUUUGACCACGAAUACGUGGAGCUCUGAGCUGUCUAAAUUGGCUGCAAAUGCGAUGUUAGCACAAAGAAUUUCAAGUAUUAAUUCAUUGUCUGCAGUUUGCGAAGCAACAGGCGCUGAUGUAUCGGAAGUUGCGAGAGCAAUCGGUUUAGAUUCUCGUGUAGGAUCUAAAUUUCUGCAGGCAUCUGUUGGAUUUGGUGGAUCAUGUUUCCAAAAAGAUUUGUUGAAUCUAGUUUAUAUUAGCGAAAAAUUGAAUCUACCAGAAGUUGCACAAUAUUGGCAAAAGGUCAUAGAUAUGAAUGAAUAUCAAAAAUCAAGAUUCUCACAAAAGAUCAUAGAGUGCUUAUUUAACACGGUAAAUGACAAGCCGAUUGCAGUAUUAGGAUUUGCAUUUAAGAAAAAUACUGGCGAUACAAGAGAAACUCCGGCUAUUUCAGUAUGUAAGACAUUAUUAGAUGAAGGCGCUAAGCUUAAUAUCUAUGAUCCAAAAGUAAGUGGAAAGGUUGAGAAAUCUCAAAUAAUCAUGGACUUGACUUCACCAAGAAUCACAGACUUUCCAGACGAAGUAAAGAGCUCAAUCGAAAUCUUUACGGAUCCUUAUGCUGCCGUUGAAAAAACUCAUGCAAUCGUUGUUUGCACUGAAUGGGACGAAUUCACAGAAUUAGAUUUUAAUCGCAUUUAUCAAUCAAUGAUGAAACCUGCAUAUAUCUUUGACGGCCGUAAAAUUCUUAAUCACGAAGAACUACAAAACAUUGGAUUCCAUGUUAUAACAAUUGGCAAACGUUUGAAUAGAAUUGGUUUGAGAACCUUUGGAAACGUUCCUCAACAAUGAUUUUUGAUCGGUGCACGACAAAUAUACUAGUUAGGAUUAAACAUUUAUUUUGAACGAUUUGUAAGUCGGAUUAUGCAUUUUUAACAGUCGAAUCUUAAAUUUUAUUUAUAAUCAGAGUAUUAAGAGCUGACAUUUUCGAGGUACAUUUCUAUACAAUACUUCUAUUUUUUUGACAAAGUAGAAAGUCGUGAGCUUCAUUCUUUGAAAAAUUUCAUUCCUUUAUGUCAACUUAUGAAUCAUAAACUUUCCUCACGAUUUAUCCUUAAAUUUUUCAUUACAAUGACGAUUUUAAGUUAUUUAUCACAGGAAGAAGUUACUUUUUUAAGGUUUCUAUGGUACAUACUAUCAACUGAUGCAGCUUAAAAUCACCCACAGACCAGAAUAUCUAUGCAAAUUUCCCCGAAGCCCCCAUAAAACGAUAAUCACGAGUUUCCAAAACCACCACUUGAACAUGUAUGUGGUGGUUCUGGAAAACAGUGUACUUAUUUCAUAAACACCACAUAUAUUUCCAAGUGGUGGAUAAAAUCACACGUGUGUUUUUAUUCACCACAUACAAUUUCAAGUGGUGUUUCUAGAAACACAUGUGUUUCAUAUCACUCAAAAAUAGAUUUAAUUGAUUUAGACUUUAAUUAUUCUUUUAAUUCAAAUUUAAUUAAGUGACCCUGUCAUUCUUGUGAUGAUAACUCGAUAACAGAAAUCGGAAUUUUCCAUUUUUAUUAUCCGAAGAAUCGAAAAUUAUUGAUAUUAGGGUAAACCAUGUUAAAAUUUGUGCAAUGUUGAAAUUUGUGCGCUCACAUAAAAAAGAAAUCAGCCCAAAUAAGUCAUUUAAACCAAAAUUUUGUUUGCAGUUCUGUGUAAAACGGUUGUACAAACAUUUUUACAUCAUUUUGAACAGUUUCGAAGCUUGGAGCAGCUUUAAAUUUGAAUAAUUUAAAAUCCCAU